AUGGGCAUUUUACAGAAGCUGAGAAAGAUAGUGCUCGGUCAGGCAAUUUUGAUCAUUCUUCAGUGUAAAAAUAGUUACUGUCAAUGCAUCACGGUUACUGUUUCUGGCGAUGUCCAACUAAAUAACAAAGAAUUAUAUUUCGUCUUCGAAGGUAGCAGUUUACGCCACAUUACAUCAGUUCAGCGAAUUGAUGGCAACAGGCUGCGCAUUCCUAUCCCAGAUCACGAUGUUCCAGAAGUAGUUCAAGUCUCCCUAAUUGUCCGAGCUGAAGAUGGUAUACAUCCAUUGGCAACAAGUCAAUUCGAAUAUCGUCAAGAUCAAGGCCAAUAUGUUGCUGAAUUUCUUUUAUUCAGUACAAUAAAUGAUGAGGCAGCAGAAUUUUUAGCAGCACUAUCGCCGGAAUCAAUUGGAUUAAGAGAUGUAGAUAUUGCUGAAUUAGAUAAUAGAUUAGCCACAGGACUAAAAUUAACCAAUAUUUUACCAAGAAAUUGGUCCCUUUUACGUCACAAUUCCGAUGGCAAAGUGUUCAUAGUAAAUCAAGAUACUAUAUUGCACUUUGCUACUCGUUUUGGCUUACUUCAAACACUAAAAUUCCUUCUGCAAGCAAGUGAUGCUCAGCGGGGACUAAUGGUUAAAAAUAAGCGUAAUGAACUGGUUAUUGAUGUUGCUAAGAAAUACGGCCAUCGGUCGAUCGAAAACUAUAUGCAGCGUAAUAUCGUCGACGAUGAUAAUGAUUGCAUCGGAAUAUAUUUACUUGAAUCUUACGCAAAAGUUCUAAUUAAUGGAUUAGCCAUGAUCACAAGACAGAAAGCAAAGACUGAUUUCAGUCCGAAUGAAGAUAUUAAGAAAAUCCAACAACUACAAGACUUUGCAGCAGAUGAGCCUCUAGAAAAGAUUUACGCUGAUAAUGCGCUACUCCGGCAAUUUAAGAACAGUCUGCGCGAGAGAGGAUUUGGUAUAGACCAUAUCACGAUUCAAUCAAUAACACCUCAGUCAUCAGCAAUUGGUAAAAUAUUAUGA